CUAAAAUAGAAAGAGGGCUAGCGGGAAGCCCGAUCACAUGCUGGGCUCCGCAUUCCGCAUCGGCGCAUCCAAGGGUGCUUCAGGCCACGGAAGCAGCAUCGCUCGCGCAAAAGGACAGAUCGUGAAGGAGGACCGAGAGGGCGACUGCGGGCAUCUUGCGCUCUCUAUACCUGCUCGCCUGGCGGCACGCUACCCGUCGACGGCGGCCGGGCGCGCUGAUUGGGCCACGUUAAGUGUCACGAUUUGGUGCACUGCGGACGCACAAAGUGCUGCAGCAGACCCGUCCCUAUCAUCCGCAGCCACACGAUCCCCGACCAGCACCGCAUCGACUCCACCAGGCACCACCACGACUCCGACUCCGCCAUGAAGCGCCAGACGCUGCUCGCCCUGGUGCUCUGCUUGUUUGCCGCGCUUGCUGCAGCAUGGACAAAAGAGGACCAUGAAAUCUUCCGGCUACGCGACGAAGUAAUCGCUCACGAUGGCGCAAACGUUACCUUCUACGACCUGCUCGGCGUCAAGCCCACGGCGUCGCAAGACCAAUUGAACAAGGCCUACCGCAAGAAGUCGCGCCAGAUCCACCCCGACAAAGCCCGCCAGAACUUCAUCUCGACCUAUGCGCUCAGGCACAAGAAGAAGGGAAAGACGCCUGGCGUCAAGGUCAGCAAGCAGCCGUCGAAGCGCGAAAUCGAUGCGCACAUGAAGGAUGUGACGGCCGCAUACCAGCGAUUGUCCGUCGUUGCGAACAUCUUGAAGGGGCCGGAGCGCGAGAGAUACGACCACUUCUUGAAGAACGGGUUCCCGAAGUGGAAGGGCACUGGAUACUACUAUGCGCGUUUCCGUCCGGGUCUAGGUUCGGUGCUGCUCGGUCUCCUGGUAGUUAUGGGCGGCGGCAUGCAUUACUUUGCCUUGCUCAUGGGCUGGAAGCGGCGCCGCGAGUUUGUAGAGAGGUACAUCCGGCAUGCACGCAGAACUGCCUGGGGUGACGACACCGGCAUCCAGGGCAUUCCCGGGGUCGACGCCCCACCAGCUCCGGUCAUCAACAACCAGGAAUGGGAAGAGACUCCGGACGAGAAUGCCCCAAGAAACCGCCGCGAGAAGCGCAUGAUGGAGAAGGAGAACCGCAAGGAUAAGAAAGCUCAGGCCGCAAAGAAAGCACGGAGCUCUGGCGUAAGCACGCCUGUUGAGGCACAAAUCACGUCAGGUCCGCAGGGCGCGAAGAAGCGAAUCGUAGCGGAGAAUGGCAAGGUUCUCGUUGUGGACUCGUCAGGCAAUGUCUUUUUGGAAGAGGAGACCGAGGACGGCGUGAAGCAGGAGUUCUUGCUCGACCCCGAUGAGGAGCCCAAGCCGACCAUCUACGACACCCUUCUAUUCAAACUACCCAAGUUCUUCUACCGCCAGUCUGUCGGUCGUGUUCUCGGUGACACUCAAGCCGUCGAAGAACCGCUUCUCGAAACUUCAGACCUUCCCGAAGAUGAAGCCGCGCUACAAUCCGCUACCGCACAAAACGUGAACGGAGAGACGAGGAAGCGUAAGGCAAGAGCUAAGGGCCAGAGGUAGUUCUCCUUGACAGCAUUGGGUGCGGGCGUUUAAAAGCACAUGGAUUAGCAUUGUCCACAGGCAUACUGGAUAGAAAAGUUACAAGUCAACGCUCUUUGGCGGGUUAGUAUAUGAUAGCAUCUAGAAAGACGCUCAAUCAAGGCAUUGGAACCACCGCCGACGGACUGCUCUGAAGACAUCGUGGCAAAGCCCUGAGAUCUUG